AUGUGGAGGAAGAACAGGCUCUCGGAUAACAUUGAUUCCGAUCAGAGUAUCUCUGAAGAGGAGGAAACUUUGGAGGGUGAUUGGUCAGAAAAUUGUAUUUCGUUGGGUGGACCUAUGGAUAACAAGGGGGAAAUUCAAGUUCUCUCACAGUUUGAGAAACUAAGAGAUUCUUACCAACUUGAUCCAACAGAAAAGAUGUCCACUUCAUAUUGUGAGAGGCAAGUAGGUUUCUGCGUUGAUGAUGAAGUUGAAGACCCUGUCUUUAAUGAUGAGAAUGAUUCCGUUCGUCAUCCAAGAAUCUCUGCUUGCUUCUCGAAUGAAGGAACGUCAUACUUACCUACGGUGGCAUCGAUCUCUAACUCCGACGAAGAAAUUACCUUUGAUGAUGAGAAAGUUAGUCUUCAUACACUGGGAAGAGUGAAAAGGGAUGAUGGUGGUACAUGGUCCAAAGCAAGUCAAGAAGUUGAGGCAUUAGUUCGCAUAUAUGAAAACUCUGGCUGUUCCUCCUCUGGAGGUGCCUUCGUGAAAGAAAACAAAUCCUUUAAAGGUGGUGGCAGGGAAAAAGCCAAGCCCAAAUUUUCUUUUGGUUUCCAGUCAAGCAAGGAAGAUUUGCCUUUAGUUGUCAGGCAUAAGAAUGAGAAUGGGACAUCUUUGGACAAUAUUUCAUUACCAGAUCAACUCGAUGCUGCAUCUGACAGAGACGUGAACCAAUCAAUUGAUGAGCAUUCAAUGGCUGAAUUUCUAGACUGCUUUAAGGAGAGGAGUGGUCUGCUGCAAGGAAGUUCUAAAAUGGAUAUUGGGAAGAGAGGAAGGAACCCACAGAUUAUUCCAAAUAGAAAUUCUUCUCCAUCAGGUGAUAGAAGCAUGGAUGGUGAUGACCUAAUUGAAGCUUUGGGUAAUAGAAUGUCCAGUGAUGAUGAGGAGAACCCUCAAAGUGUCAAGUCAAAUAUUCCUUCCAGGACUAUGGUAGAUCAAUUUCAGGAAGCUUUUGGAACUGUUCCUGUGAGUGAUGAGAGGCCACACUUAGUGCUGCCUAGACCAUUGGGCUGUGGAUUGUUUGGAAGGUUGCAGCAAGUAAUUCAGAGUGAGAAGGAAAGGGAUUCCGAAUACUUGAAGAAUUUAUGUGCAGAAGACAGUUCAAAGGAUCAAAGAGAUUGCAUUGCUGUAAGAAUUUUGUCAAGGUCUCUGGAGGCAAAGCUGACUGUUUGUUCUUGCACUUUUAUUGGAGAUGGAGAGAGCUCGUAUUGGGGGGAGAACCUGCAAACCGAAAUGAAAAGCGGGGGAAGGACUUUGACUAUCAUUUUCAACUCAAGAAUAUGCAGUGAUGUUGACCUUGAAGUUGGCAACCUCAUUCGCAUACAUUACCCUUGGAAGAAGAUACAGGUGAACGAGAUAGGACGAGCCUGUGAAAUUGCCCGAGGUGUAUGGAAGAAACCUAGUGGAAUCAUGGACCGAUCAAAUCUUGGCUAG